AUGAGCAAUCAGGCUGACUUCCAAGUCGGAUUGGCCGGACUGGGCCUCGGAGCUUUUGGUGGCCUCAUCGAUGCCUUCACAGCCUGCUCCAAACUCUAUGGACUCUGGAAAUCUCUUCGCGAUCUCAACGGAUAUCUUGGAUUUCUUCGUACAGAGCUCAUCCUGCAAGAAGCUCUGCUAGAUCAGUGGCAAAGAGACUGGCUAGAUGCACCAACGUCGAGGCGAUCCGAUCUCCAGAAGCAACGGAUUCUUCUAAGACACCAAGAUGCCGUACUCGCUUCUUUAGUAACCGUCAAGAGCCUACUGGAGUCACUAGAGCCUCUCCGUAAGGCUUCGAUUCCGGGGCAUGCACUUGAGCGCUUUACGCUGGCGACUGGAGGCGCGUCGGAACAUCGUGAGACGUUGACGCAGAUCAGCUCGAUUUUGAGCGACUUGUAUCGUUUACUACCGACUCGUGAUCCGAAUGUGGUACUUUCGCAGACUGUGCUCUCACUAGAGCAUAUCGACAUGGACUCAAAACAAAUCUUCAACGAUAGGAAUGCAACUCAACUUGACUUGCAACUCGAUACUCUGCAAAGAGCUCUCAGUUUUCGCCAACUUGGCCAUGAUCUUGACAAGGAUCUAGAGGAUAGAGUUGCAGCUUUCAAGAACAGCACGGGAACUUCAGAUCUUGCUCUUAAUUCUGAUAGGGUCAAAAUCACCAAAGAUGAUGAAGUCUCUGGAGGACUAAGAAGUUUCGGCACAAUAGACUCCAACGUCCCUGUGAUCAUCGAGUGGAAACGAUAUGACUUGAGCUGGAAAGGACAAAAGGGCAUCAGACUCAGAGGAAGAAUACAGAAUAUUGCAAGACUUCUACACGCAGAGUCCAAACCGGAAGAACUUCUGACUCUCAAUUGUAUGGGAGUAUUUGAAGAUGACGAGAAGAGUCGAUAUGGCCUUGUUUUCGAAUAUCCGCUUGGUGUUACGGAUCAGGAAGAUCUUCUGUCACUACAAUCAUUGAUAAAAUUCCCAACGCCGGAGACACUACCUAGUCUGGGAGAUCGAUAUCGCAUGGCUUACACGCUGUCACUUUCUCUGGCCAUUUUACAUGCUUCAGGAUGGCUUCACAAAAGUGUUCGCAGCCAUAAUAUCAUGUUUCCAAUAAGAAACAAAAAGCCGGUCUGGUCUCGGCCAUAUCUCGUUGGCUUCGAAUUCUCCCGUCCAGAUUCAAGCGAUGAAACCACCGAAAAGCCGGAACAAAGUAUACGAUUCAAUCUAUACCGCCACCCAUCCGCGCAAGGCAUCCCCGGAGAGUCAUUCCGUAAGGGGUUUGACCUAUACAGCCUUGGGGUUGUUCUUGUCGAGGUUGGCCUAUGGCGUUCGGCAUGGAGUCUACGACGGGAUGGCGAAAAUCCGAAUAAGUUUCGCGAGGUUGUUAUAGACAGGGUCAAUGAUAGGUUGGCACACUUUGUUGGCACGGGGUAUCAAGAAGCUACACUAAGCUGCCUCAAUGGCGAUCUAGAUCAGAAAGAUGGGUCGGUGAUACGAGCAUUCUACAAUGAGGUGGUAGAGACCAUGUGUUUAUUGGCUGAGUCACAACUAUAG